UGGAGCUUUCGGUUGAGCAUGGACAGCAUAAUAUUGACCGCACAGAAUUACAAAGAGCAUACUUGAGGAGCCACAACUUCACUUCAACUUCCAACUGUGUUUAUAUGUGUAUGUGCCAAAUACAAAGUGAUAAUAGAUGCCAAAUUUAAUCAGAAAAAUCUAAUCGAAAACCUAAAUUAUACAAAUAUCUGCAAUAUUCAUAAAUCUCGUCAAACAAAAUACUCGGAACUAGUGAGGCGUGUGCGCUUUUGCUAAGGACCAAGGAUUACCUGGCAAAAGUUCGUUUUGAGAAUUUUGAGUUAUAUGCUAAGUAACUACAUGUGUGUUGGUUGGGAUUUGUUAAUAAAAUUUCCUCCGACUGACUGUGUGAAUGCUACAAUGUUUUAAUUCUCCCGGGAUUUGACAAUAACACCAUUCGAUAUGCUCCUCAACAAAUUUAUGAGUAGCUGCGUGCUGCUCAUCGGCCUUCUUGCAGAGGCAAACUCGGCCCCUACUCACCAUCUGACUAUAGGUGUCGACGGAAAUACUCCAACAUUAAAAGUGACUUCCGCUGAACUCGGUUUAAGUGCAAAGGAAGAGAGGCAGGCCAAGAUUCGCAAAGAAUUGAAAAUAAAUGAGAAACAAAAAACAUUCAAAAGUAAAACCAAUGUCAGUUACAAAAAGGACAAGUCCGUGUACUUUUCAAAAAAUAUGGCACUAAAAGCAACAACAACAACAAUCACCGCGACCGAUAUACCGGCGGAAUGGUAUACCGAAGCAGUUGCUAUGGACAGCUCAUCAGUUGCAUUGACAAGUGCAACGCCAACUGACAACAUAAUUUUGUCCACCGCCGAAACCCCAGUUGCACCAGUGACAACAUCAGCAGUGGAUGCCAUCUCCUCUUCGACGAGGGAACAAACAGUCACUGCAAGUGGCAUAGAUCAGGAUAUUUUUGAGCAGACCACAGAACAACAAACUACAACUACACAAACCGUGGAAGGAACCACAGCUUUGAAAGGCGUCUUAUCAACUCUAACGGGAAGUGAAGUGAACGGUCUAACUAAAACGAUUCAAAUAACCACAAGCUCUGAAAGCGACGGUGCCGCAACAACGCCGCUAUCCAUAGGAAGCGAGGUCGACGACAAUUCAUCUGUUGUUACAUCAAAUGUAUCGGGUUCAAAACAGCUUUCCACGACGGGGAAAAUAACAUUGCCAUAUACGGAAGUUGUGGAGGAAACGGAUACUGAAUCUCAGAGUCCAGUGAACGAAAUUGUGGAUUUGACAUCGCCAUCCACACAUGAUUUGAGAGAAGCGAGUACUGAACCUUUGACCACUGCACCCAGCAAUAUGAAUGGAGAGGCCACAGCAACAACUUUGUUCCCACAAGACCGGAUACCAAAAUCAUCUACUGAACCCAUUCUCAAACUGAUCGACUUGGAGCAACACAACGUGGAAGUGACAGACGACAGAGAACACAACAACGGUCACGAUGGCCUUAAAAGUAUCAGAAAAAAGCAAUUGAUAGACAAACAUUACAUGGACUCAAUAAGUCAUUCCAGAGAAGUGGAAAGUCUGAAGGAUGGGGAAUUGAUCAAUUUGGAAAUGAGACACGGCUACUUGGGACCCAUAUUAAUGGAGGAGAAAAGGAUUCAUCCCACACAUCAGCCACCGCAUUUGAAUUCCAUUGAAGCUGGCAUUCGCAAUGGACAAUUAGUAGAAUUGAAAGCUAGUCAAAGUGGCGAAGUCACCACUGCACUUUCAGAUCUUCAACCAGAGAACAUUGAUAGGACAAGGGACGGCGACCCUGCUGUAACCUCGUCUGAAGAAGAAAAUGGACCGUCCACCGUCUUGUCUACAACUGUCUUCCAAGUAGCGGACGGUUCAGCUACCAAAGUCCCUUCCAAAUCGGCCAGCACCUUGUUUACCUCAGUCGAUGACGACGAAGCACAUAAAAAAAGCCAAGUCGGCAGUAAAAUCGAAUCGAAAAUAUCCGACAUUCAAAUCGAAGUAUACGACUCCACCAUAGAUUCCAUUGUGGCGUCGACAAACUUUAAGGAUGCAGACAUAUCCGCAGGGAAAAGCACCAAGCCGCCGCUUCCCAUCGCUCAACAGGAGCGCUUUACGCAGUACGUAAUAGAUCGAACCGAAACGUCCACUCAAGAAUCUAUUAACUUUAGCACGAUACAAGUUGCUUCGGGAAAACCCGAACCUGCCGCCAUUGAAAUUCACAUCAACGUUUCGGAAUCGCUGGGCAAUGACAGUGAAGAUGUGGAUGUGUCUUUCCCACUUUCGGAGUUCAAUGGCAAUGGGCGUGGUGAUGAGGCAGCAUACGACGAUGUCAAGCUCUCAGAUGACAUAAAGUUGAAAAUAGCCUCCAACCCGCCUGCCACGAACUUGUCCAGCAAAGACAAGAGCGAUGAGGUCCUGGUCGUGGAAAUUGUCGACAACAAUGACAAUGGCACAGAGUCGAGGGGAAGGACAAAAAACUCCGAUGAAUUGUUCAUAACGGAUGUUAAGGGAACAUAUGUGACACCACCGCCGCCACCUCCUCCGCCCCCUUUCCAACCAAACUAUGACCGAGACUCCGACACCAUAUUCUACAUUUCGAAUACGGAGGUCAAGGUGGGUGAAACCUUGCCCGCCGAAAAGAAGGACUUGGACGAACGCAAAAUGAAAUUGGAGAACCAAUUCUUUCCAGUCAACUAUAUGGCAAGCACUCACCCGAAUGUAAACAGUGCGCGCAAUGCGGAUGAUCCAGGCGUGGCCGAUCACCGGGUAUACGAGGAAGACAUUAUUGUUUCAUCGCAUUCGGGCAAUCAGGCGGACUCAUUGAAGAUAUAUCGGAAUCGCAAUGAUCCUUCGCCCCCCUUGGACGUGACGUAUGUGGGCGAGUCAAUUAUCGAAGUGGAACAACAAUCUCCAGACUUAACUGCGACGACGGGCUCUCCCGCAGACCAUGUAAUCACCCCCCAGCCCGACGUCAUAAUACAACCGGCGAUACUGCCAGAAAUCUCCAUCGGAGUGCCAGUGAUUGGUGAACUGCCUCCACAAAUUGAGCUGAAGGAGAUCGACUAUAUGCCGAACGAGAAUCAUCGUCAAUUUGGCAGCAGCGACGAACAAAGCCAUAAAUCCAUUAGCGCCGCUGCCAAUGAUGUGGACAACCAUUUAGAUGAGUCUUCGGUUCAGUAUGGCGGUGACCUCAUAGACGAAAGUGCUGACGGGGGUUUCGAUGGAGUGGAGGGAUCCUAUCCCUUUGGUAACCCAGCCACUAUGACUAAGCGGAAGUCAAACCAUAUGGCCGACUACGCACACCUGUAUGUCAACUACGGAGUGAACAACAUGCGCAAGGACGAACUGACAGCCGACAUUAAAGACUCGGGAGAGGUGGCCUUAAUUCUCGACCGCAAAGCCAAUGACCAAAGUGACCAGUUAAAUGCAACAUUUAAGGAGUUCCUAAAUAAAAUGAUAUUCAACCAUUCCUCUGGCCUGAAUGAAACCGAGAGGAACACCAAUGUUACAGCAUUCUCCAUUAUGGAGGACUCAAUGGAGGAUAAGAACGCAGAGGACAUCAUAAGCCUGAUAUCAUUGGCCAUAGGACUAUUCAUCGUCAUACUGCCGGUGGUGGUCACUUGCAGCAUGUUGUGGGCUCUAAGAUAUCUGUACAAAAAAUACCACUCCAGCUCAGGCGACACCAACGGCAACGUGGACACGGUCGAUGCCAAAGGCCAAGCAAACGAAGAUGAGGCCGAGAAAGGAGAGGCUGCACAGGGAUCAGCCUCUUCUAGCAAUCCUGACAACGUCACGGACGAGGACAUACAAAAAUGUCCAGAAUCGUUCCCCAAUUCCAGUGCAGAGAAUGGCGUUGUUAAAUUCGCCACUGAACACACGCUUCCCCUAGAUAGCUCAUUAGAAUCGCAUAGCCAAGUGUUUCCCAGCGCUUCAAAGGCCCGAGAUUUAAACCUUGUUCUUAAAUUGGCCACUGUGUCCGGUGAAACUGUUCCGUCCGUCCACGAUGACGACAUAUCGCAGGGUCCGAACGGUUCAAUAACGAAAAUGACCUUGGAAAAUAAUCUUCUGAUUGUUGAGACCGAAGAGCGCAAUGAUAUGUCCAGAGUGGCAAGAGAAACCAAAAUGGACUACAAUAAAGAUGGGGUGUUUGUUGUCGAAGUGGCACGCGGAAUCGACUCGAAGACCAUGCCUGACAGCCCAAUAGCCGAGGAAUCGCAAAAGGCAAUAUCCAUGUAUGAGCCCAAAGUCAAUGGCACAACGGGAUACAAUGUCGCCAAUGAGAAACUCACCCAUAACAACGCCAAGGUACAGAUUCAUUCACCACCACCAGAGAAGGUCGAUGAGGGACCACGUAGUUUACACCAAAUUGAGGAGGAGCCAUUACAUUCCCCCCGCUUGCAGGGCAGCGGCAAAAAUGAAAUUGCAGACAAUUACAAAUCAAAUGUUGGACUGUCACAAUCCGAUCUAAGCUCAACCUCCUCCAAUGAUUCCAACAAAGGAUACUCUUAUGGAAAUCAGGAAUUGUAUGUUGUAGAACAGACUGGAUACUCUACAUCAAGUCCGACGGGAAAUAUUGCACUUAAAUGCGACUCCAAGGACAUCAAGGACGAUGACCGUAACUCGGAGAAUGACAAACAUCUAGAAAUUACUCCAGAAAGAAAAGAGGAAUCAAAAGAGAACGAACAAUCACUGAGCGCAAUUAAGAAGGCCAAAGAUGUAGGACAAAUUGGCGAUGAGCGGGUAACUCAGAAUCAAGAGCAAGACACACCUGUGGGCGAAUCAACGGACAACUCAACAGAGAUAAUUCAUGAAGCGGAGAAGGGAAACGACUACCAGCUAGAGAAGGAGAGUGAGAGCACCGAACAAAUUGAUGAGUUGGUCGUAAAUGAAAAUGAAAUCGGAGAUCAAAUUGCCAUGCCUUCACUCAAUGAUGGGCCAAAGGAAGAUGAAAAUAACAUUGAAAGUCCAAGGGAUAUUCGUAUCGAAAGUGAAAACAUAAAAAAUUCCGAACUUCAGGAUACAAACGAAGAUGGGGAAAAUGAGCCUGAAAACAUUAACAGCUCGAAACAUUCAAAGUCCCAUCACAUCAUCGAACAGGGAGGUCAGGGCAAUGACGAAAACAAGGAAAAGUCAGCAAUGAUAGAAGUGAAUGAUUCUGACAUUUUAAAUUCCAUCGACCACGAACAGCCAUUGCAAGAAGAACAUUUACCGUCAAUCGGAGAAAAUGGAGGUGACGAAGCAUCGCCAACUGAAGGGGCAAACGAUGACGAAAAAGUUCAAACCGACAUUCUAAAUGAUCCAAAACAAACCACUGAAAAUAUGGGACAUGAGGAUGCUCCCCUGAAUCAAAAUGCGGACCGAGAUAUAGAAACUAACGAUGGGGAAAUUAAGGAUGAGAAUCCAGAUAGCGUUGCAGAAACAAACGAUGACACAAAUGUAAAACCUACCACUCAAGAUGAAAUUGCCGAUCCAAAUCCCAUCGAAACUAAUGAAAUAAAAGCUGAUGUAAGGCAAACCAUUGAAGAGAAGCCUCUUGUUCAAGACACUGUUAACGGCGAAAAGGAAAAUUCCGCACAGGACACUAUUAUAUUCAAUGGACAUAUUGUUAAUCGCCCUUCCGAAAACGAAUCGAGUAGGGAGCUAUCGCAAACGAAUAAUAUGCCCGAGAUCAUCUCCGAAACUAAGAACAAGAUAUGUACAACUGUGAGUGGCAACGGCCAUAUAAAUGGCGUACAGGACAUUGCCAUUGAAGGCGGAGAUGUUCAUAAGACCACCAACGGGACAUCCCACAUCUCCAACGGCUCCGAUAUAUUGCCAGAUCUAGUACCAGUCGAACUGGACAGCCAUCAGGCUAAUGCAACCGAUCCCAACGGAAUUCAUAACAGCCACACGGAAUUUGAAAAUGGCUACGACAGUAUUAUAAGUCUGCCAGAACCACCGCCCAAUACAGAUGAAAUGUUGUGCAGUGAUCUAAGCGAGCUCCAGUUGGACUCCCUGCCACCACCGCCUCCACCUUUAGUCAGUGAACUGAAUGGCGAAACAUUUUCACUGAAGGAUCUACCACCGCCGUUAACAAAUUCUGGACCAGAGCCACCACCAAAUGAAGAUAUGGCCAAUUUGUGUGCAACAUUACCGCCACCACCACCAACCACCCUACACGUCUCAUCCAGUCCAGCCAUGAACGGCAACAUGCAUGCGUCCCCUCUCACGCCGCCAGCAUCGCCACCGCCACACUUCACUAAUGGACUCCACACGGGACUUUGUCCCCCCAUAGCAGUCGAUGUGAAUGGAAGUUAAUGCUGCUGGCUGCGAUCCCAACCACAAGCCAUCAACUGACUGACGACAUCUGUUCCCAAAGAAGCUCCCCAAAAGCCCCAAAUGAUAUAGAAAUCAAAACAAACAUUUUUAGGUAGACAUGCGACGGACACGGCAGAGCAACGAAACCCAAUUACCGAAACCAUGCCACAUCCAAAUACUGAUCGCAAGCAAGUACUAACUAGCUAGGCCAUAAGUUUUUACCGUAAACUCUAAACUCUCUGUAGAUUUCAACUGCUACAAGCAGUGUGCCAAAUUCCAAUCAACACACCCACCCACACACACACACACACACACAUACACACAAUCCAUGAAUACAUACAAAUUAUCCACACACAACCACACAGAUUAAGCAAGUCUCUCCAACAUGCCUUUGCAGUGUCGCCUCGAAGGCAACCGAUGCGACCCGUGUGAGGCCAGGAACUAAUUAUUUUUGUAGUUUACAUUUUAAACUUUAGCUAAAUCCCCAAAAUACUUAACUAACUAAUGUAGUCAAUCCAAUCCAAUUUGUUGUUAACCUUCCUAAUCUAUGGAAUAGAAUAUUUUUCAGUGUAGUGUUUUAACAGCCAAUUAGCUGAAUAUAAUCGCAAUAAAUACCAACCCCUCCGUCGGCAUUCCAUUCAGCAGCAGGCGUUGGUUACCAAAGAUAAUCCCCCAAUCCCAAUAGAAGCAUUGUUGUUUCCCUGACAUUUUGAUACGGAGCCACCUUGCAAGUCCCUUACCAAGUUUCCUAAUCCAUAAUUCUAGCCAUAAUCCAGCUCCUAUGACACGUCCUCCUCCCCAAAACAUUCGUAACUCUAGUCUAUGCUACUCAACUCAAAAAAAAAAAAUCAAGCCCUAAGUAGAUCUUGACAUAAGUUUAUUUGCCUAUAGUAAUUAAUCGCCAAAACAAGUAUGCCCUACGCCAAGGAAUCUCCCUCACAACGGACAGGAGUAAGGCGUUGUGGGUGGACCUUUUGUGUUUAGCCUAACAAUAUCCGAAAUAUUUAAAUACAGUAAGUGACACAUUCAAACGAACCAGCAGAAAUCAGAGAACCACAACUACAGAAUACCGCAUUCAAAUUUUAUCAAUUUUACCUAUAGACUCUAUAUAAAUCGUAUGACAAGGACGUCUUUUCGUUCGGAACUCGCUCUUAGAAUAUGACAAGGAAAGCUCUCUAGACUACGGCAUGAAUAAAUUUUGCUGAAAAUGUGUCAGUGUAGAGCAAGCAAAGCCUAAUAAUUCGUAACAUUGGAAAAGUAAUACAAACGAAAUUUUUAUAUAGGUAAUCAUGAUAUAUAUAUAUACACACACACACGCGAGGAAAAUGGAAUAACAACAAAUACAAGCAAUCACAUAUACAUACACUCACAACAAACAGACACACCCAAAUCCAAAACUGUUGAAGCGCACUCAAUAUACACGCCGAGGAGGGUGUAUUAGGAGGAAAUGUUACGAACGUAUACUAUACACACAUACACUAUAAAAGACUCAAUAUAAACACACAUACACACACACACACACUUAUUCAUUCAUAGACAUUUUGAAACAAAAGUCGAUAGGUGCAGAAGUAAUCAUGCAUAGAAACAUAUUUAAUUGUAAUUGAUUUGUAUAGGUUUUUCUAGAUAUUUUUAUACAAAUUUGCUGCACAAUUUAUGUAUGUUGGAGUGGCGGACGCUCAAACGGAAGUAGAUUUAGAUGCAGUUCCAACAUGUCUGCAACAGCAUCCAACAUAUGGAUGGAUGGCCAUGACUGAAUGCUCGAAGUAGAUACCGGGACACUCUCGCGAUCCGAUGCAAUGCAACAAUAACAAAUGGACGGCGACAUACAUAAACGUAAUUGUUAUUUAAAUUUGUAUAAUUAAGUUAAAUGUAAUUUAAAAAUUAUUAUUACUAUUAUUAUUGAAGAUUAUUGACUUGAACAAACAAAUGGUAAUAAAACAAAAAUU